AUGGUUAAGAACUUUACUUUUCCCAAGAUCACCCCCUACGUGCCUGGAGAUAAUGAUGAUGACAGCCAGGUCAUCAGCGACUCCGAAAAUGAAAUCGUCGGUCAGUUUGAUACCUCCAUUCUGAAUCAAGACCUGGAGAUUUCUGAGGGUAGAUUCCUUCCAAAUGAACUAGCCAUGAUAAAAUAAAGAAUUUGAUAAGUUAUCCAAGGACCAAGUUAUUGGGAAACAGAAGUUAUUCAAAUUUUUGAGAAUUACUGAUAUCAGCGAAACCUUCCUUACUGACCAACUCUUUUACAUCAUGAAGAACUCUCCUGAACUUAACUCUCCGAUAGACUGGCAGAAGUUCAUCAGUUUUCUGUCCAUAUUUCUGAAAGGAAGCGAGGAGGAGAAAUUGAAGCUCAUAUUCCUAUUCUUUGAUAGAUCUAGGAAAUUCACCUUGACGAAGGAAGAGCUCCAAGUUGUGAUUUCAAGCACCAUUCUUAGCAUGAUGAGUAUCCCUUACGAGGAAAAGUCUAUUGAAAGUGUCAGAAAUAAUCUCCUUGGUCAAAAUGAGUCUACAAUAGAUGCAGCUCUCAAUAUUGUCGUUGACGAAAUCUUCUCAAAGCAUAGCUCCUCAGGUGAAGAGCUUACGUUUGAAGAAUGGUGACAUUGGUUCAAAGAGAUGGAUGGAGUUAGUGAAAUAUUAGGUUACAGAACAAUGACUCUCAUCGAUGGAUAA